CUGCGUUGUUCUAGAGAGUUUCCUGCGACAAGAAAGCUGUGAGACUCCAUAGCGUCGAGUGUGUGGAGGGGUUAGGGUUGUGUGAGAUUUCUGGGAACCUGCCUGAUUUUCGAUGGCCGAUCACGAGGAGACGAAAGGCGAGUCGUUGGUGGACGAGAUAUCCGAGAAGAUCCGCGUCGGCGGUUCGUCCUCGUCCUCGUCCUCGUCGUCCGACUCCGGCGACGACAAGCCGGCGGAGACGCAGGCCAAGGCCUACCGCCUCUUCGGGAGGGAACGGCCCGUCCACGAGGUCCUCGGUGGUGGCAAGCCGGCUGAUGUGUUCCUAUGGAGGAACAAGAAGGUGUCAGCUGGCGCGCUUGGUGUUGCGACUGUGAUAUGGGUUCUGUUCGAGUUGGCGGAGUACCACCUCUUAACUUUGGUUUCCCACUGUGUGAUUCUCGCCCUGGCGGUCUUGUUCUUGUGGUCUAAUGCACACGCUUUUAUCCACAAGACUCCGCCACGCAUACCUGAUGUGUCUAUUCCAGAGGAGCCAGUUUUGCAAUUUGCAUCUGCCGUGAGACUUGAGAUGAACCGGGCGUUUGCUGUAUUGAGGGAUAUUGCGUCUGGAAGAGAUCUUAAGAAGUUCUUAUUAGUGAUUGCCGGCUUGUGGCUCUUGUCAAUCGUGGGCAACUGGUGCAACUUCUUGACCUUAUUCUACAUAGUCUUUGUAUUGCUGCACACUGUGCCUGUGCUGUACGAGAAGCAGGCGGACAGGGUCGAUCCAUUGGCGGAGAGGGCAAUGGGUGAACUCAAGAAGCAGUAUGCCGUUGUUGACGCCAAAGUCUUGAGUAAGAUCCCAAGGGGGCCGUUGAAGGAUAAGAAGGUGGCUUGAAUGUGGCUGAACCAUGUUUUUUAAUGAAAGAAUUUGGUAGCAUUGGUGUUCUGUCCAUGCUCUGUGAAUUCUGUAUUAUUUGUCUAGGACCCAGUCUUCAUGUUUUGUUUUCUCCGAGUCCUUGGGUUCACUUGAAUCGACACUAUUUGCACUAGGUUAUGGGGCUGCUUAUGUGUUUACAAGGGUUUAGGUUCAUAUGGUCAAAUGCAUUGUACAUUGGUUGAACUUACUUAUCUGGAGAAAUAGUGAUUAGUUUGGCUUAGCAC